AUGUCCACACAAGGGAAUAGAGGACGGAUGGGAAGUGGGAGUGUCAAUAGGGGCAUGGCAGUUCCCUUAGCACCUGUCGUUACAGCAUCCGCUGUCGGGGAGGAAGUUGCACGCGAGAUUGUGAGAGCGGUGCAAGAUGCUCUAGCUCGCAAUGAGGGGGACAACGGGCGUACCCUCAAGCUUACUAAGGAGUUUCUUCACUCCACUCCACUAGGAUUUUUGGGGGAGGUAAAACCACUGGAAGUAGAGAGUUGGUUGGAACAGAUUACCAAGACUCUUUAUAUGUUCAGAGUCGAGGACGAGGGGUUGAGGAUUUCUUUGGCGACCUUCCAAUUGAAAGGAGAUGCAAAUUAUUGGUGGAAGUAUGCUAAGAACACUAUAGAUGCCAUGUGGGUUGCUUUUACCAAGGUCUUUUUAGCCAAGUAUUUCCCUCAUUCUACUCGAGAAAGGUUGAGGGAGCAGUUUGUUGAGUUGCGCCAGGAUGCUAUUCCUUUGGCCCAGUUUGAGAUGAGGUUCACUAGUUUGUCGAUGUUUGCUCCAAAGUUGAUGGCAACAGAAGAGCGCCGCUGUUAUGAGUUUGAGCAGAGGUUGAGGACGAAGAUCUUGUUCAAGGUUACCGGGAACAUGAUCCGAGAGUAUGAUUGCCUUGUGGAGGCGGCUGCACAUGUGGAGAUUAUUGUGGAGGCCAAGGAAGAGAGACUUCAGAAUUCGAGGUCUAAGGGCCAAGGGUCGCAGGGGGACUUUAGGCCCAACAAGAAGAGUAAGAGCACCUUUUCAUCCCAGUCUCAGUCAUAG